AUGGAUAAUAUAAGCUCUGUUAAAUUCACUCUGAUGGAACCCCAAAACUCUAAAUCAUACAGGCAUGUUUAUUUCACCUGCUUUCUGGCUCUUUAUAUCACAAUACUGUUUCUGAACAUUUGGCUCAGCGUUGUUAUUGUUUUGGACAGAGCUCUUCAUGAACCAAUGUACAUUUUUCUGUGCAAUUUAUGUAUAAAUGGAAUAUAUAGAGCCAUGGGUUUCUAUCCUAAAUUUCUGCAUGAUUUAAUACUGGAUUCAUAUGUGAUUCCUCCUAACAUGUGUGUAAUACAAACUUUUGAGAUUUACAGUUCAGUUAUGUGUGAAUAUUGUACAUUAACAGUGAUGGCAUAUGACAGACACGUGGCCAUAUGCAAACCGUUGAACUAUCAUACAAAGAUGAACAGAUUUUCUUGCUUUAUAUUACUUGCUUUCUGUUGGACUGUGCCAUGUAUUACGGUGUUUAUUGGUGUUUCCUUAUCAAGGAGGUUGGCAUUGUGUAAAUAUCAUAUUGAUAAAUUGUAUUGUGACAACUGGUCUAUGGUAAAGCUCUCCUGUGAAUCAACUGUUAUUAAUAACGUUUAUGGAUUUGUUUUUAUUGUAUUUUAUCUUGGCCUUUUCGUUGUAAUUUUGGUGUCCUAUAUAAAACUUGCAGUUGCAUGUAAAGCAUCAUUAGAGUGCAGAAGGAAGUUUUGGCAGACAUGUCUUCCUCAUCUGUUUUCAUUGGUUAAUUUUAAUGUUGCAAUGCUGUUUGAUAUGAUGUACAGCAGAUACGGCUCAAGUGAUUUUCCUGAGGAUCUCCGUAAUUUUUUGGCUUUAGAGAUCAUUAUAGUGCCACCUCUCCUCAAUCCUGUAAUCUACGUUUUAAAACUCAAAGAGGUUCGCAAAAGAGUCUUAAAGUUAUAUGUUCUUUAG